UCUAAACUCUGUGUAUUAGAUACCUUCAUUCAUCACCUUACAGGUGACAGCUGAUGUUUAUUGAUACACUUUAUUGCAACAUAUGAGACAGUUUCUUUUUCCUGAUGAGAUCAUUGCAUACCACGAGACUUCAAGUCCAGAUGUAGACAAGACUAGUAUUGAUUUCCUUCCUUAUUUCUUAAAAAAAACUACGUUUCUUCUCCACUUCUUGCUUCCAUCAGUCUCGGCGUGUGCGCGUGUGUAAGGUUAGAAUUGUAUCUUUUCUUCACUGCAGGACAUCGGUUUUCCCAAGCCUACACUCAUGCGUGGUCUUGAGUAUUUUCUCCUCUCACUCCUGACUCAAGUGUCUUCCGGCACAGUAAAAGUCACCGGCCUCCUCGGGAGCAAUGUCACUCUGCCCUGUACGUAUGACACUCAAACGCACGGCAUUCUCAGUUUCUGCUGGGGACAUGGGAAAGUGCCCCGGUCCAAAUGUUCCAACACCGUCCUCUCCUCACAGGACGGCGCUGUGGACUUCAGAGAGUCCCACAGGUACCAGCUGUCAGGCAGGCUGAUAGACGGAGAUGUGUCCCUGACUAUCCUGAACAUUCAGUGGAGUGAUGCUGGCGUGUACGGCUGCAGGGUGGAGAUCCCUGGGUGGUUUAAUGACUACAAAGUUGACACAUAUUUGGACGUGGAGAAAGCUCCUGAAGAACAACUUAUUACAGAGGACUUGGCAUUUACAACUGCUGGCACACAAGAAACACUGACAACUUCCACAUCUACAAAUGAAGAAGUCGGUGACCCAAAAUUUGAGAGAAUCAUGUUUGCGACAGUAAAGGAAGAAUUUAAAGCCUUCAUGAGUGUGGGGAACAUUGGCCGGGUUGCAGCUCUUCUCUUCCUCACAGUAAUCAUAAUCCUCGUCUUUAUUUUCCGGAGAGAGCUGCUGCCGAGGAGGACACUUGAACAUCUCGACACCUCGGCAGCUGAAAACAUUUAUGAAAGUGUCCCCGGCUGUGCCUGAAUGAUGAUCAACGUUAUAAGAGCAAACGAGUCUUCACAUUUUUAUAAAGACAUGCUUGUUGAAUGUGUAUGCUUGCCAUUAGCUGACUUUAUCCCCCUCCUCAGCUUUAGAGUGAAACCUUUGAAAUCGUAUCUGUUAAUCAGAAAGAGAGCAUACAUAUAUAAGCAGCUGUCCCACUGUUCUCAGAUUGCACAAAGGAAGGCUAAUAUGUCUCAUAUGUGACUGCGUAGAUACAAUAAUAUCCUGUGGAUUUAUUAAUUUGCUCUUAAUUCUCUCUCUGUUUUUCAUGGCAAAUGGCCCAUAAAAGCCUGUGGACAGUUUAUACUUGUGGACACAAUGCCACCUACUGGACUUGGUGCUUUAUGAUCAAAAGAGAGAAGACUUCAUUGUAAUUCAAUGUGUAAACACAGUUUAUGAGAGGAGGAUGGACAGAAAGGGAGUGCUUUUUUCAUUCUAUGUUUUGAAGGAAGCUGGAUGAAACCUUUGAGUUGUGUAAGAAUAAAAGGGAAGAGCAGCUGUGGCUCAGCGGUAGUCAGUCAUCUCUCAAUCAAGAGGUUGGGCAUUCGAUCCCAGGUUACUCUGUCCACAAGCCCAAGUAUCCUUGGGCAAGACUCUUAACCCUAAAAGUGCCCCCUGUAGCUGCACCAGCGGUGUUACUGAACACUGAUAGGGGCUUUACAUGGCAGCUUCUGCCAUGUGCCAUGUUUGAAUGUGAAGCAACGUAAAAGCUUAUCCUCAGAUGUAUGUUGCUUUGGACCAACAUUUUUUAAGAACAAAUCUGAAUCAUAGUACAAUUAACAAAAGCAGAUAAAACACUUUUUCUAAACUUUCUGAACUCUUCUGCAACUUUUUCUUUCAUGCCUGUUGUAAGAUAGCUAAAACAUGAGUUUCAAUAUUCUGUCUGCUUCACAUGUUUGUUUUUAACUUCUCCAGGAUUGGAGACAAAUAAGUGUCUGUACUGUUAUUACAUUAUUCUGUCUGAGCCGAUUAAAUCAAAUAAAAUUACUCUGACCUCAA